AUGGCCAGCGGCGGCAAAUGGCGCGAGGAGCAGGUGCUCGUCAUCUGCCCCGGCAGCAGAACCACCAUGGCCCAGCUGGGCUGCGGCGAGCUCUCGCCUCCACACCAUCGCAUCCCCACGAGGAUGUUUCGAGACGAGGAGGAUUCGAACCUGUGGCGGCCGUACUACACAUACAAGCGGGUGACGACGAUUGACGGCGUGGAGAAUGAAGAGUGGGUGGAGGAUGUAGACGAGGACAAGGGUGCCGUCUGGCCAAUUGAGGGUGGCCGCAUUGUCCAGAUGGAUGCUUUUCUCGCCUUCCUGGACCACGUCCACGGCCUGCUCACCACGACAUAUCACAACACACCCAUCAUGCUGAUGGCAUCUCCGCAGUGGACGCGCCCCGACUGCGAGACCAUUGCGCGGUACAUCUUCGAGAAGACAAAGACUCCCGCGCUGUGCUUGAUCCACAGCGGCAUUGCCACGCAAUACGGCCUCAAGUGGCCCAACAUGACCGUUGUCGACAUUGGCUACGAAAAGGUCGAUGUCACGGCCAUCCACGACGGACGAGUCAUCAACCACAUGGAUCUGGGCCGGCCGCAGCCUGGACGACACAUUAGCGGCGGCGAGGUCUUUACACAGAAACUGCAGCAGCUGCUGACGGACAAGAACUUCAGCCAUGACAUGGCAGAGCAGCUGAAGAAGAGCGGCAUCUGUGAAGUGCUGCCUUACGCCCCAUCCCAGAAGAACCUCGUUGUGCUCCCCGUUGACACUCCAGACGCAGCGCGCUCAGCGGCAGCCCCAAGCAAGGCAGGAGGAGAGCCUGGCGCAGCAGACUCUACAACGGCGGAUGGGCCCGCGGCGGAUGUUCCCAGGAUCGAGGAGCCUUCUAGGACAGAUGACGUCGUCAUGGAGGACAACGAAGGCACGGAUACAAAUAUUGACGAUGAUGGUGUCCUGGAUGUGGCCACCAUCGUUACCAGCGGCCAGACCAAGGAAUUCCUGGCCAAGAAGGAGAAGGAGAAGGAGAAGGGCAGGCCUGGGCGAAAACCGAAAGCGGAUAAGGAAGCAGAGGCGGCUGCUGCUGCAAGGCCUGUUCGACAGCCCAACUCCAAGAAGAUGCGCAACACAUUUUCGUACGAGGAGAUAAUCAUGGAGGAGGUGUCCAAGGCAGUGCCUGUAUCUGUAGUUGAGCUGGAGCCAACGGCCAUGCAGGGUGUGGAGAGCAGCAGUGCCGCCGAAGGUGUUCCUGCGGUCGCAGCUCCAGACGUUGCUGCAGACGCCAAACCCCCUGCCCCUGAAGCAGCAGCACCUGCAACAGGAACCGACAACGAGCCUGUUAUCAAGUCUGAAGUCAAGUCUGAAGAGACAAAUGUCAACGGCGAUGGCAAUGACGCAACUCUGGCCACGAUCCCAGACUCCAAGCCCGCAGAAGCCAUCAACGGCAGCAACGGCAACGACACCACCAAGGCUGACGAUGCCACCGCCGCCGACUCCAACGAACCCCCCGAGCUGCGGCCGCGCAAGAUCCGCCGCGAAAUCGAAGUCGGCCUGGAGCGCUUCCUCUUUGCGGACCGCGACGAAAUCGACCGCAUCGUCACCACAAUCUACCGCACCAUCCAGGGCGUCGAGGACAUGUACAUGCGCCCGGCCUGCUGGGACAACCUCGUCUUCGUCGGCAACGGCUCGCGCCUGCGCGGCCUCAAGGACAACAUCCUGCAGACCCUGCACGCGCGCCACAUCAUCUCGCCGUCCACGGCCACAAUGUUCACGUCCGAGCUGCCCUCCAACGUCGCCACGCCCGCCGGCACCGGCGCCCAGACGCCCGUCGGCAGCUUCGCCGGCGCGCCGCACCAGCUGUCCACCAGCAGCGUCAACCCGCUGCUGCAGGCCGCCACCACGGCCAGCACCUUUGGCGUCCCCGUCCCCGGCCGAGACUCCAACUCCAUCCAGGUCGCCUCGGGGUCCACGCCCGCCGUCGGCUCCGAGGCUGCCGGCCCCGCGAGCGGCCACCACUUCCACAGCCAGACGCCCACCAGCAUCAAGACGAUUGCGUUGCCGACGUACCUCAGCGAGUGGAGCAAAAAUGGCUUCGAAGAGGCCAUGUUCCUGGGCGCGCAGGUGGCUUCGAGGAUAGCGUUUUGCCUGCACUCCAACAUGGACGCUCAGGCUAUCGAGGCGCAAAAGUCUAUGAGCUUGAGCAGAGUAGAUUACAACGAACACGGCCCCAAGGGUAUCCGAACACACUCCAUGCUCAGCUAAACAAAGCAAGCCAUAAACUAUAACAAAUGUAACAAAAAAAGAAAAUUCUUCCAUGUUUCAUCUGGAGUUUUAACGGACGGCACGAAAUUGGGCGUGUCAGGGUGAAAUUGUAAUCAGUGAUACAAACAAAACCGGAGGGGAAGGGAGGAUUUUGAUAAUUCCAGAGACCUAAGGGGGAGACGGAGCCACGGGUAGAUAUAAAUGUUCAGAUACUUUUUCCUUCCUUCUUUUCUUCUCUACAAGUUAUUUCCUUUCUACCGAGAGGAGAAUAAAAGGAUACCAUGAAAUAAAAUGCCUGAGCCACACAAAAUAAAUGAUGAAUUCUGAAGUCAUCUUUUGAUCUUUUUUGAACAGAAAAAAAAAAAAGAGAAUUAUCCAACACGCAAACUAGUAGCAUAUAUAAAUACAUGUGUAAACAUGAGAGGUAUAUCGUCUGCUUCCUUACUCAAAGCUUAUGCAAAAUGUUCCCAUGCAAACUCCCCUCCUUUUUAGCCUUUUAGCCUUACCAGCCUCUACCAUCUUGUGAACAGUGAAACAAGAGCUGGCUUCGCUCAAGAUAUUACCAUUCAGCUGCUUUUGAGCCGUGGAUAUCACGGAGAUACUUUCGUCCUCUUCUUCCCAAUUAAAGACAGCACGGCCUGAUGCAUGGAGUUCCGCAAAGGGACAUGGAAAUGGGUGAGCGUGCGCCAUGAUUGAACGGUUUCUAGCCCGCUGCAUUUCUGGCGGCAGCUUCUCGAGCUGCUUGAUUCCAGUCCGUCUUCAACAGAUAGGUAUAUUCAAUCGUCGUAACCAGGAAUAAGCCCACGCUGACACCAGCCCAUAGACCUUGCAGCUUCCAGCCAAGUCCAAAAGCCAAUGCGAGCGAAAUGGGCAACGAGAUGGCAUAGUAUGAAAUCAAGUUCACGGGCCCGCCUAUGCUCUGUUUGCCAAUACCACGCAGCAGUCCGUGGGCACCAGCGCUCAUGCAGUCGAAUACCUGCAUGACGGCGACGACAGGCAAGAUGCUGGCGACAAUUG